AAUAUGUGGUGUGCAGUUAAGCCUCAAGCAAACAUUACAGCUUUACCAAAAGGAUAGGCAUGAAUAGUCAUUACUUUCACAGGAAGGGAGGAAAUUACCGUUUUCCUGAUUGUCUGGUAGUUAAACUCUGUCUUUCCAGAGCCGAUUUUAAUCGAUGAGGUGUUAAUUCAAACAGUGUGGACAGAGGAACAGUGAAGUUUGGUUGGGUAUUUUUGUUUGUUUUUUAAACAGAACUGUAAGAACAGCUGAAUCCUCUAAAGAGUGCUUACAAAGGGAUUCUGUUCAACCUCAUCUCUGUAUAACAAAAAGCAGCCUACAACUGUAAGGUCUCUUUCUAUUCAUCAUUCACCACAUCUGUUGCUUGCUUGGACACUGACCAAAAUGAUUCAUGAACUUAUUUUGGUGAAAUACUGGGGUUAUACAGAAAGCCAGUAUUUCAAAACGGAGGAACCAACUUCCUCAACUGAAGACAAACACAGAGUAUCAUUCUGCAGCUUUAUUAGGAGGAAGGCAGUAGCCAAGUGAAGCGGCUGGGAUCACACUGAAGUCACUCUGAACUCUGCAGAUCACUUCAUUCUUCCUUCUGCUACAGAGCUCACAUCUGUGAUUUACAGUGUGUUUCGUUCCAAAGAACUAAACAAGAAAGCAACUCUGCAACAUGACAUUUGAAGAUUUUGAGAACUACUCGUACUUCUAUGACCUGUCUGAGGAAGAUGAAUCACCCCAGUCCUCCCUCAGCAUUGCCCACAUAAUUUCCCUUUCCUUGUACAGUGUGGCAUUUCUGCUGGGAGUGCCAGGUAAUGCCAUCGUCAUCUGGUUUAUGGGCUUUAAGUGGGAUAAAUCUGUCUCUACACUCUGGUUCCUCAAUCUGGCCAUUGCAGAUUUCAUUUUUGUUCUCUUCUUGCCCCUCUAUAUUACGUAUGUGGCAAUGGGCUUCCACUGGCCUUUUGGGAAGUGGCUCUGCAAAAUGAACUCAUUCAUUGCACUACUUAAUAUGUUUGCUAGUGUUUUCUUCCUGACAUUCAUCAGCCUUGACCGCUACAUCCGCCUUGUCCAUCCAGUCUUUUCCUACAAGUAUCGGACUGUACGGAACACUCUCAUUCUUAGUGGGAUCAUUUGGAUGUCAGCUGCAAUUAUUGGUGGCCCUGCCUUAUACUUUAGAGACACGGUUACAGUCCUCAACAAUGUCACCAUUUGCUACAACAACUUCCAUGUGCAUAACAGAGAACUUAUUUUGCUGACGCAUCACAUUCUCAUUUGGGUGAGGCUUGCAUUUGGUUACCUCUUUCCUCUAGUGACCAUGGUCAUUUGCUACUCAUUGCUGAUUGUCAAAGUGAAGAGGAGAACUGUAUUGACUUCCAGCAGGCUUUUCUGGACCAUCAUUGCUGUAGUUGUAGCUUUUUUUGUUUGCUGGACACCAUAUCACAUAUUCAGCAUCGUGGAGCUGUCAGCUCACCAUGAUGAAAACUUGCAUGACUUACUGCAGGAUGGCAUUCCCCUCUCCACCAGCCUUGGCUUCAUCAACAGUUGCCUCAAUCCAAUCCUUUAUGUUCUGAUUAGCAAAAAGUUCCAGGCUGAGGUCAAGACUACGGUCUCUGAGGUGCUGAAGUUGGCACUGUGGGAGGUGAGCCGCUCUGGAACUGUCAGUGAGCCGCUGUGGAGCUCGGACAACACCCAUGCGCCUGUGCACUAUUGUGAAACUGCCCAGUGACUGCUCCUGUCACCAUCCCUCUCCAAAACAGCCGUCAGGAGAUUUGGAGGUGUUCUUGACUUUGCAUCUGUCAGUCAGAUGUGCAUCUUUGCAUCUACAGUUGUAUGUAAACACCUGGCUUCAUUGCACUCGCUGCUCUCCUUGAAAAGGUUAGAAAGGAUGCAUCAUUUGGGUGUGGUGAACUUGCAGUGCA